GGCAACGCUGUUCGUAAAACAGCUGAUUACUGUCACUUACGACGGUCGAUUAUGAAACAAAAACAAACGAUCGCUGUUGAAAGAGAAAUAAAUAAGAAAAUUUGCUGUUAUGAAUAAAAUUGCCAGUACACGCGUAUAACAAUUAAGCGUAUAAUUUGUGAUAAAAUUUAAACAUUUACAAGGGAUGUCAACCAAAGUUGUAGCUACGGCGACGGUGCGUGCGCUGAAAGGACGCAAACUGAUGCCCACACGAGCAGCUCUAACCUUGACAACAGCCGCAGUGAAUCGCAUUAAAGAAUUGUUAAAAAAUAAGCCAGAAUUUACAGGUUUGAAAGUGGGGGUGCGGCAGCGAGGCUGUAAUGGACUCUCCUAUACGUUGGAUUAUGCAAAAGAGAAAGCAGAUAAAUUCGACGAAGAAGUUGUACAGGACGGUGUCAAGGUGUUUAUAGAUAAGAAGGCGCAAUUGUCUUUGCUUGGUACGGAAAUGGAUUUUGUCGAGUCAAAACUAUCGAGUGAAUUUGUUUUCAAUAAUCCCAACAUAAAAGGUACCUGCGGAUGUGGCGAAUCGUUUAGCUUCUAAAUAGAUGAGAAUGGAAAAAGGGUGUAAAUACGAAAUAAGCGACCAAUUUAGAAUUUGUUACAAAGCUUCUCAGCAUACUCUUAAACAUAAGUAUGCUAUAAACUAGUUUAAAAUUUCAUUUAAGCGAUAGUUCUGAAUUAUGUGUUUUGUUUUAAAUGGAUAUAUUUAAAACUUUCAACUAAAUAUUUCAUUGAAUAUAAAGAGUAAUAUUGAACGCUUCAGCAGAACCUUAAUGUAUCUAUGUACGAAAUCAAAAAUCAGGGUUGUAUGAA